ACACAGCUAACACAGGUGUACUUAAUUUCCCAUCAGUGCUUUCUGAACACGAGUUUAGCUUGUGAGAGGACUAUCCAGACGACUUGCUAAUAAUACUAAGAGUCCCAGGAGCACCGACUCGGUACUGAAUUCACUGGAUGACCGAUAGUUUGUCUUUCUGUUCGCCACUCUUGUAUUUGUUGAAGGACUUGUGUGUGAAAUCAGAGUAGACGCGAACAAGUCCGGUGACGUCACUCUUUAACAGUUCGGUCAACUUCUGCCCAACCAGUUUGACGGCUGUACUGCGUGAGGGAAGUAAAGCGUUGCGGUGGCGCUGUGGAUCAUGCUUGUUUCCUGACUCAACUAAAGGCUUGAAUAUGUUUCGCAAAGAAAAGCGCUCAGCACCCACUGUUCCCUCAAUUCCACCGAGAUUGCCCACAGUUCCCUCACUUCCACCGAGAUUACCCACAGUUCCAUCACUUCCACCGAGGCCCAACGAACAGGAUCUGGACUAUCCAUUUACACACCGCUCUGAAGUACAAGACUCAGGCGGAACCCAGCAGACACCCUCCACGGUUGGCAAAAGUCCCACUGAAGACUUGCCAGAUGUAGGAACAAAUCCCACACCGAACCCUGGUAUGCUUAAAGGGGUCAUGCAGAAGGUAAACCCAUUCAAGUCUUCCUCUCAAGUCCCUGAAACUGGAGGGUCUGAGUCAUCAGGACAGCACCCGGGAAUGUUUAAAGGGAUGAUCCAGAAAGUCAAUCCAUUCAAGUCUUCAACACAGGCACCAAAGCAUGAGCCUCAGGAUGCAGAGCCCAGAGAUGAAUUAAAUGAAAAAGAGAAACCAGGAAUGAUGGCAGGUGUAUUACAUAAAGUCAAUCCAUUCAAGUCUUCAACACAGACACCAAAGCAUGAGCCUCAGGAUGCAGAGCCCCAAGAGCCCAGAGAUGAAUUCAAUGAAAAAGAGAAACCAGGAAUGAUGGCAAGUGUAUUCAAAGUCAAUCCAUUCAAGUCUUCAACACAGACACCAAAGCAUGAGCCUCAGGAUGCAGAGCCCAGAGAUGAAUUCAAUGAAAAAGAGAAACCAGGAAUGAUGGCAGGUGUAUUACAUAAAGUCAAUCCAUUCAAAUACUCGCAGCCAAAGGACACGCAGCCUCUCCAGCGUGAUGUCUCAUCCAGCGAAGAAAGCCUGGUCGAUAACAACAACAUGCCUGAGAAGCCGAAGAGCAGAGGGCUGAAGGGGUUUAUGCACAAAGUCAUACCAUCAAGGUCGAGCACACCGAUGUCACAAGAGGAUACUGUGGACUCUGAUACAUCUCUGAAGCAGGAUGUCCAACCAUUGGCGUGCAGCUCUGAGAGUUUAAAUGAUGGCGCAGUAGAGAGACAUUCUGUUUGGUACUUAGAUGAUCCCAGCAACUGUGAGUUGAAAACUCAGCCAAAUGAGGAAAAGAAAAGAAAGACCUUCAGAAUCAAAAGAAUUCUUCCAAGUGGGCUUUUUCGAGCAAAGGACUUGAACGCAUCGACCGACACACAGCCUUUGCCACAGGAGGUGGAGGUCCAAACACUGGAGAUGGUUGAAAUGACUGCACUCAAUGAUGGAAGCUCAUUAGACCCUUUGGAGGAUGAAGAUGGACUACUGGCAUGGUGGAGAACAGUCGAUGGCUGGACUGAGUGGAACGAGGCCACCCAGAAUAAUGACGCUGAGGAGAUAGUGGAACAAGCGGCCGAUCGUGUCUUCAUGGCGGCCCGGCUCUUUGUUCGCCUUUUCAACCAUCGUGGCGCUUCUCUGCAGCAGCGCAUCCUGGAGCUCGUCACGCUGGCUGACGCCGCUGACAACUUUCACAAGAAGACGGUUACGGCCAGCAUCGGUGGUGGUGUGGCCAGUGUGGCAGGCUCUAUUACCACCAUCACCGGUCUGAUCCUGGCCCCAUUCACGGCAGGAACGUCGCUCAUUGUCACAGCUGUGGGUAUCGGCAUUGCCACGGCGGGGGGCGUAGCCUCUGCCUCCGCCAACAUCACAGACACGGUGCAUUCGAAGACUGAUCGUAAGAAGGUGGAAAAAAUGAUCCAAGACUACCAGGAGCAGAUGAAUGACAUCAAAGAGUGUCUGGAGUUCUUGCAGGAAGGGAUGGAAACUCUUGAGGAGUGGAACUUUGAGCAGUACGCCGAGAGCAUCUCCAAAAAACAUCUCAACCAGAACGUCAAACAUGUCAUGAAGGAGGGCGGCCGGGCUGGCAAAGCUUUGGUCAUCAACACAGAAAGCCUGAUCAACACUGUCCAGGUCCUCAGUGUGGCGGGUGGCGCUGCCAAAGCAGCCCAGGCGAUAAGCAUCACCACUGGGGUCAUGUCGGGCCUCUUCCUGGCACUAGAUCUCUUCUUCUUGGCCAAGGACUCUGCAGAGCUGAAAAAAGGCGCCAAGACAGAGUUCGCCGCGAAAAUCAGAGAAGUUUGCAAAGACCUGCAGCGUGGACUGCUGGAGCUGAACCGCAUCAAGGAAGAGCUGCAGAAGACGAUGGAUGGCAUCGAGGUGGAAGUGAAAGAAGAGGACGAGGAGAUUUUGAAGUCUGAUCUGAAGAAACUCAAUGAGCUCGAAGAAUGACUAAACCAAAUCAAAUGCCUUAAUCCUGUUCUUGAUUUUAACCAGGUAAUGGCAAUGUAGAACCUCUGACUAGUUCAAUAUUUUAAAUAUGCAACUAUUUAUAUUUUAAUAUUCUGAUUGUAUAUUUCAUUUGUUUAGUUUCUUUCAACAAAAUGUGAUAAAUUAAAGUGCCUCAGUCAGCAGCAGCCUCUUAUAAUUUCUGAAUAAAAUGGAAGCAAAGCCG